GCGUCAUGUCUAACGCCACUUGUUGGAAAUGUGUGUUCUCCUGACACGCCGACGUACGUGCUUAAUACUGUUUCGCAAUAAUACAUGCGAUAAUCAAAUGUUCUAGAUGACAUUAAUUACAGUUAUUUUGAGUGAUGCUAUUCGCAAAAGAAACUACUAGUUUGUCAUACGUGGCUCUGAAGUGUGUUAUAGACGAAGGUAGACGUGACUUUUGUAAAAUUCUCUCAAAUUGCUAUAAUAUUUCCGCAAUCUCAUAAGAUCACAAAGAUCUUUGAUAUUGUCCAAUACGAUAGACGCCGCUAGUGUUUCAGUUAUUGAUGAAGUAGAUUGAAAAUAUAGGGAAAUAUAUACCUAAUGACGAUUUCGCGAAAUGACGACUCUUCGAUAUGAUACUCUCUGCUCCGUUUUGAUUUUGCUCCAUAUUUUAGUGCAUACUAAGGCAGCACUGAGAGAUAUUCUAAAUGUUCAGCAUUUACCUGAUACCAAGUUUGGUCCGAAUGAAUAUUCUGAUGAUGAUAGAGAAUACUCCGAUGUUGAUGACAGAGAUAGAGGAUCUUUAGCACGACCGAAUAAUCAACAAAACACAAAAGACCAUUUAUAUUCAAAAGUUGAUAGCUAUCUUGACAAAGAAGAGCAAGUAAUUACAGAUAUCUUGGAUAAAAAUAUAGUAUGGGAUGCACAAUGGGGGGCACAACUGAAACUUACUCAAGCAUCAGCAGUUUCUGUGGAUCCAAAUGGCAAUGUUGCAAUAUUUCAUAGAGGGGCUCGUGUUUGGGACUCUAAUAGUUUCAAUAAUGAAAACAAAUUUGAUCCGAAUAAUGGGCCGAUAGUGCAAAAUACAAUAAUCCUUCUGGAUAAAAAUGGUAAAGUGAUAUCGGAAUGGGGAAAAAACAUGUUUUAUCUGCCACAUGGUUUGACUAUCGAUCAGUCUGGGAAUUAUUGGAUAACUGAUGUAGCAAUGCAUCAGGUAUUCAAGUUUGAUGCUCAAGAUGUAAAGAGACACAUGGAAGAACUAAAAAGUGCACAUGUUAACCCAGAGACAAGUGUGACUAACAAUCAUGCCAGCAUGUUAAAGCCAUCUAUAAUUUUGGGAGAGGCUUUUGUCCCUGGUAAUACUGCGAGCACAUUUUGUAAACCAACUGACGUUGCUGUACAUACUAAUGGUGACUUUUUCGUCAGUGAUGGAUAUUGCAAUUCUAGGAUAAUUAAAUAUAAUAAAAAAGGUGAAUUAAUUUUACAGUGGGGACGACUUUGGAACAGUAAAGAGUUUGUCUAUUCACAGUCGCCUCCGCCAUAUGCGUUUCUUGUCGCGCAUGCUUUAGCACUCGCGAGUGAAUUAAAUUAUCUUUAUCUCGCUGACAGAGAAAAUGGCAGGAUAUUGUGCUUCUUUGCCAACAACGGUACAUUCCAUAAGGAAUAUAGACAUCCUGCUAUUGGUACAAAAAUUUACAGCGUUGCCUACGCUCGAGAAAAAUUAUAUCUAAUUAAUGGACCUAAUCUAUUUAUAAGUAAUCCAGCACCAGUAAGAGGCUUUGUACUUGAUAUAUAUUCCGGAAAGAUAUUAUCAAUGUUUGAGCCCAAGAAAAAUAUGGAUAAUCCACAUAAUCUGCAUGUGACAGAAGAUGGUUCUGAGAUAUACGUAGUUGAAUUAAACAAUAAGAAAGUUUAUAGAUUUUUACAAGGAGUAAACAGUUCUAAUAAUUCGCAGUCAACUAAACGGCAUCAACAUCAGAUCUUAAUACAUCCUGAUACUGAAGAUGCCGAUACUGAAAAGACCAAUAUGACAAAAUUGAUUCUAGGCCUUGGCUCAGCGGCCGUUUCCUUUAUUACAAUUUGCAUUGCGAUUGCUGCCAUUGUAGCGAGAUGUCAAAAACGAGGAUAUCUACGAUAUCUCACGGCACGCAAGAGGAUGAGUUGGGAGGCCGAGAGGCGAGAAAAUUUUAAGCUGACGAGCCUGCUGGAGAAUCGCCGCGGUAGAAGUUUCAAAUUCCUGGAGAAACGGCCAAACCCGCGCGAUUUCAGCAAAUUGAACACAGAGCCGGAAACUUCGGAAGACGAGCGUCCCGAGAACAGUCUUGCGAGGGUGAUUUAAAGAUAUUCCCGAGUAACGCCAUGACGUCGCGCAAAUAGUAUUACGGAAACGAAACAAGGGAAAUCAUGCUAGAUCGCUCAUUAAUGAUCGCACAACGCGAUCUCGCAGACGCGUCCGUUCGUUUAGUUAUUCUUGAAUAUUCGCGCUGUCGAGUACCGAGCCGACUCAAAUUCGACUGACGGUACGCGUGCGCGAGAUGAUCACCUUGCCGACUAUCGAAUAUAUAGCUGUUUGACAUUACCAUUUAUCUUCUCAAUAUAUUCUACUGUAAGAGGGGCUUAGUAAAAAAAAUGAAGUGCCAUACUUGCCAUUUUGCAUAAAAUGAAACCAGAUAUGUAUAUCACUAUACGUUUUCAAUAUAACUAAUAUAAGUCUUUCAAUUGUGGCCAUCAUAUAUAACAUCAUAU